AUGGUCCCGCCGCCUCUUCGCCAGCUGGUCCUUCUGGGACUGGCCGGUCUCGGGGGUUCCGGUGUGGUCGCUGCCGGGUCGGAUGGCCUGACCUGCGUCGGGAAGGCCGAUGACCAGGCCACAUACAAUGCCCCAAGCGGCGCCGCCUUCCAGAUCCUGUGCGGCCUUGACUAUGGUGGAGGCGAUAUGGCGGCCAUUCAGACCGACACCUUCACCGCCUGUAUCGACGCCUGCGACGCGGCCCCCGGCUGUAUCGAUGUUAGCUACGCGGGUACCUCCUGCUACCUGAAGAGCAACAAGCUUGAUGCAGAGCCUAGCCAAAGAGACUGGGUGUGGACGGCGAAGAAGCAGACGACGACGACGACGCCGAGCCCUGACAACGCGCCGACUUGCGUUGACAAGGCUAGCGACAAAUCCACCUACACCACCGCUAGCGGCGCCGCGUUCCAGAUCCUCUGUGGUGUUGACUAUAGUGGAGACGACAUGGCAGCAACCAACACGCCCACGUUCGCGGGCUGCAUGGACGCUUGCGCCGCCGCACCCGGGUGUGUCGAUGUCAGCUACGUUGGCGAAGCCUGCUACAUGAAGAAAAACCUCCGGGAGGCUAACGACCGAGACCAUGUUUGGACCGCCAAGCUGAUCGAGGUCGCCGACAACAAGCUUUCCUGCAUAGACGGCUUGAGCAACGCCAAGGUUAUCACUGCGGCCAGCGGUGACAGCUUUGAAAUCACCUGCGGCAAGGACUACGCCGGCGGUGAUCUGCUUGGCCUGUCGGCAGCCUCUUUCGAGGAGUGCAUCGCGACCUGCGACUCCAACCCCGACUGUGUCAACGUCGCCUUCAUUGCCCCAUCUUGCUACCUCAAGCGCGAACAGAAGGAAGCCGUCGACAACCCGGCUGUCUGGGGCGCCGUACGCAAGGUUAAGCCUGCGCCUGUAUCAAGCACACCAUCCACACCCACGACGCCCGCAACCCCCACCGGCCCGGCCGUGGUGACGCCUCUCAAUUGCGGUGACGGCAAGGUCAGCGAUGGUCUCAAAUACACGUCGGCACGCGGCGGACUCUAUCAGAUCAUCUGCGGUGCCGACUAUGGGGGCAACGAUCUCACCGCCACCGCCGCCGCGACAUUCGAGGAGUGCAUUGCAGCCUGCGACGACAAGACGGAGUGUGUCGAUGUCAGUUAUGUCGCGCCAUCCUGCUACCUGAAAAAGGCUCUCGGAGACCUGAACCCGGUUGGCCACGUGUGGACAGCCAAGCAACUCAGGUCGCCCAGGGAUGUCUUCGCCUUCCCCACAGCCAGGCCGAUGGAUGUCGGCUCCGGUACCGAGACCUUCUUCUUCGAGGACGGGCCGAUUCAGCUCGAGCCUGCGCCUAUUGCCACCCUCGCCCCCGUCCCGCCCCCAGGCGUCAACUUGGCUGGCACCGGCGUUCUGACACCCGACCCGGUGGCUGAGCUCUGGUACAACGGCACCCAAAGCGACAGUGACGGCGCCGACCUGGGCCCCGUAACAGUCCGUGUCAACGUGACCUACAUCUAUCCCUCCAUUGUCCUGGACCACUCCAUCUUCAUCAAGGACGUCGUCUGCGAGUCCGGCACGUUGCACGGCCGCUUCAACAUCUCGUAUCCCUACUACUUCGCCGAGUCCACUUGGCCGGCUGACGACGACGUCAUCCUCAUCACAUCGGCCGCAAGCUGCGGCGCCAGCGACGACCAGACCGCCUUCUUUCUCGCUCAUACCCUGUCCUUCCAAGACGAGACGCUGUCGUUCGAGGCGCUUGGACAAAUCGUUGAGCUUGCCGAUGUGUUCGCCGACUUGACGAUUGACUUUGGAAACAUCACUGUUUCGACCCCCGAAGAGGGCUCCGAGGGAGAGGACUCUUGUGGCUCCCCGUCGGCUGAUACCCUCCGGGGCCUUCCAGCAGUGGCGUGCGGCACAAACUUCGACCAGGCACUCGAUGACAGGCUGGGAUACUACAGCACAGGUGGUGCUGACACCGAGACCGUGCUAGCACUCGCCUCCCCUACCGCUGCACAUGAGGGCACCAUCGAGGCGCGCGGCUUCUUCUCGUCGCUUAUCAAGGCGGUGGUCAGUGUAGUCAAGGUUGUAGUUCAGGUCGUCACCACCGUUGUGAAGGCCGUCGCUGCCGUCGUCGUCAAAGCUGUUGAGUUCGUCGUGAACACGGCCGUGGCCGUGGCCAAGGUCACGGUCGCCCUCGCCGUGAACGCGGUCAAGCUGGUUGCGUUUGCCGUCACGGGCCAGUACGAGAACUCGCUCACGCUCCCCAUCAGUCUCGUGGCCCCGUCUGCUGUGCAGGUUGACUCGCCCUGGGGCAAGGCCUUCCGCAUCUACAGCUACGAAAUGGGCGCGGACGACGGCGAGGUCUACUCCACAACCAAAUCGGUGCUGGACAAUCUCGUCGGUGAAUUUGUCGGCUCGCCCAAUCCUGUACCAGGCGUCGAGAUGUUCUGUGUCAACUGCGGCGUCAAGGGCUCCGUCAAGGCCACCGGAAGGAUCAACGCAACCCCCCUGAGCGGUAUCAAGGAGGCGUCCAUUGGCAUCAGCGGAGACAUGUACGUCGGCCUGUACCUGGGCGUAAACGCCUUCGCCAAGUGGGAAAAGGAGUGGGAGAAGGAGAUCUUCGAGAAGGGUCUUCCGGGCUGGUCCAUCCCCGGUAUCGUCACGCUGGGCCCCAAGAUCACCCUCAAGGCCAAGGCCAUGGUCGGCGUCCAGGCCGAGGGUCAGAUCCUCACUGGCGCCUCGCUCACCUGGCCCGGGUUCCAGGCCACGCUGGACAUUGCUCACCCCGGCAAGUCUUCGCAGGGAGGAUGGAAGCCGAAUGUUGACCGCACCUUCCAGGUCCACGGAGGUGUCACCGCCACCGCUGCCAUCGGCCUGCCUGUUGAGCUCUGGUUCGGCAUUGACAUCCUCAAUGGCCUGUUCAAGGAAGGCGCUGCCCUUGUGGACUUCCCCGCCCUUACCGGCAAGGCCGAGUUCGAGAUCAACGCGGGAACCGACGAGACCUCGGUCGGCACAGACGACUGCCUGGGCAUCGCCUGGGAGAUCAGCCUGACCAAUGAGGUCUCUUUGGAGAUCGACGAUGGCCCCGAGUUCACACUUGCCGAGUGGGCUAGCCCUGCCUUGGCCGAGGGGUGCAUCGGAUGGACCCCGGGCAGCGGCACUGGUGGUGGAGGUGGAGGUCCAGGUCCAGGGGUUCCGGAGCUGCCUGGCGGAGAUGAUGAUGGCCUCGUCAAGUGUCCCGAGUACAACAACCAGGUGUAUACGGAUGACAAGGGCAACCAGUGGCAGAUCAAGUGCAACUCCGAUUACAUGGACUACGACACUCUCCGAGUCAAGAUGGACACCAUGGACGCGUGCAUGGCUUGGUGUGCGUCGCAGUCCAACUGCGCGGGAGUGUCCUGGGACCCCCGGCAACCCCCCGAGUUAAACGUCAACUGCUGGGCACGAUCCCGCGCAGGUCCAGCCCGCAACGGCGUCUACCACUCGAUGAUGCUGAUGAGCCCGUUCGAGAUCAUCAGCGUCGUGUUCGGCACCGCCGAGAUCACGACAUUCGCCGUUCAGAACUGGCAGCUGGGCAACCGCCUCGAGAUCAACACGAACACGAACUCGAUAUACCAGUCCAUCACGAGGGCCCAAGACCCGAUCUACGGCCUAGACAAGUCCAUCUUCAUGCUCUACCGGUACGGUGCCGAAACACGCUCUUGGGUCGGGAAAGAGAACUCGGGCACCAUCACCAUCCGCCCAGGCCCCAUCUCGGCGGCCCCCUCGUCCAGCGCACUCAUCCCGUCGUACUCGCGGCCUGCAGAUGUGACCUGGAUCCAAAUUGUCGAGAUCUGCUACGGUCUGAGCCAGAUUCGGAGCCAGAACGUAUGGAACCAACUGUAUCUCGACUCCAAGAAUCGUGCGCAGACUGGGAUUGAAAACGCCCUGUUUGGCGAUCCAUGGGUCGGCCAGACGAAGAGCAUGGUCGUCUGGUACAGGGACACCAGAAGCAGUCCCGACGGUCCUCUCUUCAUGGCCACGGGCCUCGAGCAUCAGUUCUUCAAACUGAUGCGAAAUGACGGCAGCUUCGCCAAGCGCUACCUAGCGCUUCCUCCAAGGGCGGCGAACUCUACGGGGCCCCUCUCAAACUCCACGGCACCCUUCUCGAAUUCUACGGCACCCAACUCGAAUUCCACAGUGUCCCAGCCGCCUACCAGCACCAACACCAACACCACCACGCUUCCCGAAGCGGCCCAGACCGCGGGCGAAGCCGAACCCGAACCCGGCUACGGCAUCGCCACUGUCCGCGACACCACCGGCGCCCUGCAACUCCACCCAGCCAAAAACGGCAACCUCUUCCUUUCGGCCACCUCGGCAACCGAUGACCUCAGCGUGCUUACCGACAGCGUCACCCUCAGCGCCGUGACCUUCGACAACGGCGUCGGCAACACGGACGCGCCGGCCUACCUCGUCAACGGCGACUCGGCCGGCCGCCUCCUCCACUACUUCCCCGACGAAGCCGCCGAGCUGGGCGCGUCGCGCCUCCGCCUCGCCACCUGGGACAAGCUGCCACUCGGGUCGCAGCUCGUCGACCUGGUCCCGUUCGCCGCGGGCACCGACCAGGAGAUGCUCGUGGCCCUCGCCGCCACCGGCGAGUUCCUCUUCCCCGUCAUGUGCGCCAUCGAGGGCCAGCUGAACAAGGUGUUCCUCGUCAAGGACGCGGCCGACGGCGCGGCCAUCUCGGCGGCCCUCGAGGCCGACGACGCCAAGUUUGUGGUUACUGGUGGCCAGGCGAGCCAGUGUGGACCGCUGGCGCUGGUGGCGAGUGUGGUGGAGACGGGGAUGCCGGAGGAUGAUGGGGAGGGUGUGCCCGGGUUGCCGGUAGUGCCGGAGCGACGAUGAGCGAGCUGGGGC